AUGCCGAGGAGUGGGCAGGAGGACGUCAAUCAGCCGCUUGCUGGUCGGCAAGGAGUGGCGGUGCUCACGUCGGGAAUAGGUUCCGGCGGAGGCAGAGCACAGACGCGGUCCCAACAGCACUGCAGCACAGCCGAUCCCAGAGGGCAGGAACGUGGCGCCGCCAUGCCUCGGGUAUCACAGGCCUUGGGAUCGGGAGGGCACCAAGCUGUUUCGCACGGACCUCUGGCAGCAUGGAGAAGCCACCGCGGAGGGCAUGAUUGCGGUCCUCCCGCUUGCGGAGCACUUCAGCACGGGGCAGGCUGCCGCUGCAACACACUCGGCCUGCUCCAUUCAGUCCGUACAGAUUCAUGUGGAACUGUCACGGCUGCCGCUCGUGCGGUGCCGCGGUGCAUCUCCAACCAUGUGAUUACAGCGGCCAGAGGUGUUCCACACGCCGAGGUGGAAGCAUCACAGUCAGCUUCACGCAGGACAACGGUGACAUUUUUUCCAUCGUGGCAGCAUGCCUGCCUGUCGCGGGAUGCCGUCCUCCGUCCCCGCAGUGUGGGAUGGCAGAUGGUGGUCCGAGUCCAUGCGAACAGGUGGACGUCCAGUGGGAGACACGCAGUGCGCGUUGCGCAGUCACGUCGGGAAACGAGACGCUGCGGCCGCUGA